UUCCAUCAUUCCUUGUAUUUAUAUAUAUAUAUGUUAUAUAUUGUGAAGUGGCGAUGAAUGCAACAGCCACUUGUCAAUGCAGAGCUUUGCAGAGGGGGGAGAGAGAAUGAUGUUAUUGUUGAGAUUCAGAACCUAGAAAUCGUAUAAUAAUGGUUUUGAUUUUGGGAGUUUUCGUCACGAGAAGUUCCACGGAAAUGGAGUUUUUCUGUUUUUAAACACGACUGCUCGUUCAUUUUCAAGACUUCGCUUCGUCACUCUUCCUUGAUUGAAGUCAUACUAGUGGGAAGUAAAUGGGAUCGUUUCAAAGCUCAAAGCCCAUUUGCCCCAGCAGCAAGCAUUGUUCAGAAUGGGUAAAGAAUAAUAUGAAAUACUGUCUUUGUGGUGUGAAAGAUGGUGUUUCGCUUACUCUGGGAAUGAUUAGUGUUAUCAGUUGGGGUGUAGCUGAGAUACCCCAAAUCAUUACAAACUACAGAGAAAAAUCUUCUGAUGGCCUAUCUCUUGCCUUCUUGCUAACAUGGAUACUGGGAGACCUUUUCAAUGUCUUCGGUUGCAUAUUGGAACCAGCAACACUUCCAACUCAAUAUUACAUGGCAUUGUUGUAUACCAUCACAACAGGGAUUCUGUUUACACAGACCAUAUAUUAUGGGCACAUAUAUCCUCAAAUGAAGUAUCGGCGAAGACAGUGCAAGGGUCUUGUUCACAGUGAGGCCAAUUCACAGAUUGAUGCACGUGAUAAAGCCCAACAGAGCAAUGGCAGUGUUAAUGUGAAUCAUGUAAACAAUGAUGAUGACACGAGCAAGUUCAAUACUUCAAAAAGAGAAAGUGCUUCCACUAGUCCUAUUCCUCUUCCAGUGCUUCGGCAAAAUAGUUCCACGGGUCGAGAACUAUUUUUCAUGUCAGCAAGAUCUCUAUCAAGGAGUCAUACUCCCACAGCAGGGUCUUUUUUAACACAAAAAAUGACUCCUCCUAAUAUUCAUAACUCAAUGCAAGAACCAUUACUUGAUGGAAACGAACCAUCGUCGGCUGCAAGACCUCCCAAUGUCAAGAACAUGCUAUGUUUGGUUUCCAUGUUGACAUUCUUUAGCACACUCAAUCACCAUCAAUCUGCAGAAAGCAGAUUUCAGAGCGUCUCUGGCAAUUCGAACAAAGGAUUUGUCAUACCAGUAGGAAGAAAACUUUUACAGGUUGCUGGCGUGUUACAAAAUAACGGCAACGAAAUAAGCGGUGGAAUUGGAACUUACCUUGGUUGGGCAAUGGCACUUAUAUAUAUGGGUGGACGACUUCCUCAGAUUUGUUUGAAUAUAAAAAGGGGCCAUGUUGAGGGUCUUAGUCCGUUGAUGUUCAUUUUUGCUUUAAUAGGAAACUCCACGUACGUAGCAAGCAUACUUGUAAGCAGUACAAGUUGGUCGAAGAUCAAACCAAAUCUCCCUUGGCUUGUGGAUGCAUUUGGAUGUGUGCUUCUCGACACUUUCAUACUAAUACAAUUUAUCUAUUUCCGCUACCGGAUAAGGCAAGAUGAAAAAGAUAAGCUUGUGUUUCGGAAUGAAGCUUAGUAUUGAUGAGGUUUUAUAUGACAAGGAAAUGAAAUGAUUGCUAAGGUGAUUCGUUGUACGGUUCCAGUUGAAGCUGCAAUGGACGUGAAAACUGAUAUCUUUCAUGGCUUCCUCUGUGGAAUUGUAUCGUAGGCUUUACUCGGCCAAGUUAAGAGAGAGCUCUACUGGCUCUAAACUCUAUCCUCUAUCGUUCUAGUAGUGGGUCAAGUUUGGAACACACAAAAUAUGCAAAAUUCACGCAUUGGUUUCUCAUUUUUUAGUCUUUUCAGAGUUUGAUGCUUGAUUUCUCAAGUUUUUCCAAGUCGACAUCACAAAUGUGGACCCUAUUUGAUCAUAUUUUGCAUAAAUGGAUGGUGUUUGGUUGAAAUA